CCUUACUUCACGUACAGUGCAACACUCCAACUGGAUGCAGUGCUCCCCCUCUUCAAACUGCCACCAGCAUCCACCCCCAUCACCACGCGAUCGAAGCAAACUCUUCAAUUUCAUCACAUGUCCGACUCGGCAGCACCAGGAACAACCCAUCCCAAGGAUGAUGUAAAGUCGAUGGACAUCGAUCCAGCACGGCGCAAGCGCUCGCCUUCACGGUCUCGGUCGCGAUCACGAUCACCUUAUCGUCCCCGAAAAGACUCUGACUUUAGAAGAUGUUCCAGGUCGCCUAGACGCAGUACCAGAUCUCAGUCCCGAUCACGAUCACCCAGACAACGUCGCUCGCCGUCACGCUCCAGGUCUCCUGCGCCCCGAGACCGAGAUCGAGGACACUUCCGCAGAUCAUACUCCCGCUCGCGCUCAAGAUCGCCUCGUAGACGAGACGAUAGAGAUCGAGAUCGAGGGAGCUACAGCCGCGGACAGGAUAAUCAAGGAGGAGACCGCGGCGGCAGAGGAGGUGGGCACAACGGCGGUCAUGGCGGUCGUGGCGGUCGCGGGGGUGGCCGUGGAGGCCGUGGCGGUGGACCCAAGCACGAAUCAACCUUUCGUGGCGGCAGCGGUAAACCAGGAGGGCCAGAGGUAUGGGGCGCACAGAUACAGGCAGAAGAAGAGGCUGAGAGCGCCAAGAAGCCUAAGAUUGCAGAGGAGGACAAGGAGAAGCCGAACUUUGGACUAUCGGGCGCACUGGCAGCAGAGACAAACACGACGGCGAACGGGACAUUAUUGAAGUAUAACGAACCGCCAGAGGCCAGGAAACCGAAGCAGCGAUGGAGGCUAUAUGUGUUCAAGGGCGAUAAAGAGAUUGAUCUGCUUCAUAUCCAUCGACAGAGCGCAUUCUUAUUUGGACGCGAUCGUAAUGUCGUCGAUAUCCCUAUUGACCAUCCCUCCUGCUCCAAACAACACGCUGUCAUCCAAUUCCGCCAGAUCGUGGAAACAGAUGCUCUUGGCCAGGCCUCCAGGAGGACAAAGCCUUUCAUCAUCGACUUGGAGUCUGCAAACGGGACAUUCGUGAAUGGAACGCAGAUCCCACCAACGCGGUACUACGAGCUCAAGCUGUCGGAUGUGAUCAAGUUUGGCGCCAGUACUCGUGAGUUCGUGCUCUUGCACGAUAGUGCCGAUGCAGCAUAGGCGAGGACGGUUUUAGAAAAAAAAAA